GGCAUUGGCACGACAAGGAAGUGCAACAACCGUGCUACUCAAUUCAAAGUACGCCAUAAAUAUGGCGCCAAAAGAGUUUUCAAGCUGAGGCUUCACUGCUCCAUUCCUCCUCCACAUUUGUUUAGCCUCUCUAUUUGAAAAAAAAAACGUGGGGGAAAGGAGGAGCGUGCAAGCGUUGCCUGACGGAGGGGGACGUUUGUCUUGUACACAGCGGCGUCCAGCACCGUGCGGCCCGGCCAGAGAGGGACGAGGAGGAGGUGGUAGCCUGGUAGUGUGUUUUGGAAGAAGAAGAGAGGUGGAGGAUUGCGAAACAAACUGGCUCGCAAUCUUUCAGGGGGCAUCUGUUUUACCUAUCCGUUUUUGACGCCAAUUCAAAAAAAAAAAAAAAAAAAUUGUAGUGCGACAUGCUUUUUUCCAGUGAGCGGCAUGUCAUGCACAGCAAGCCGCUCAGUGCGCACUGAAAGACGGUUGCGGCGGAGGCGACACCCCGGUCUUUCGGCUCCGUGAACCGGUGCUUCCUCCAUCGCAUUCCCGCCUCCCCAUAUUUUUGUGGAUUUUAUUUGGAAUCCUUGUGUCUUCUGCCUGUGUGCAUUUUUUAAAAACUGUCAAGGUGGGUGGGAGGGGGCAGGGUCCUGUCAACCCAACGUGGAAGUUAACCCAGAGGAACAAAAUUUACAUGUGCUUGGAUCUCGAUGGUCUCCUAAUCGCUGGGACCCCCUCCCCGGAACAACAAGAUGGAGAGCGAGACCAAGAGGAGGAAAUACUCCACCAGCAGCAACGACUCAGACACCACCGACAGUCAGGUGACGUCAUGGUCCAGGUCGGCCAAGAACGCGGGAACCAGCAUCACGUGGGUACGACAUCAGCACAAGAAGCAUUCAGAGGUGUUUCGCACCGAUUUCAUCACGGCCAUGAAGCUUCCUGACUCGGCGCAGUUGGGUCCGGAUGACUUCUACGUGCUGUCGGAUCCAUGGAGGCAAGAGUGGGAGAAAGGAGUGCAGGUGCCCGCCAACCUAGAGGCCAUCCCGCAGCCUGUGGUCAAGUUACUCCCUGAGUCAAUAUCUGGAACGUCCCUUGAGGGCGACGAGGACCCCAGGCCUCUCCCCGGCCAAGUGUACAGCUGUUACGACCUGGACGACACAGACGUGGCCUGGUUGGAACUCGUGAAUCUCGAGUUUGCGCAGAUGGCGCUACCUGAGCUGGACGAGCUGACGAUGGAGCGCGUCCUGGUGGAGCUAGAGCGCGUGUGCGAGGAGAAGAUGGGGCAGGCCAUAGAGGCGGAGGAAGGCCUAGGCAUCGAGUACGACGAGGAUGUGGUCUGCGAUGUGUGCCGCUCGCCCGAGGGCGAGGACGGCAAUGAGAUGGUCUUUUGCGACAAGUGCAACGUCUGUGUGCACCAGGCCUGUUAUGGCAUCCUAAAGGUCCCGCAGGGCAACUGGCUUUGUCGGACGUGCGCCCUGGGCGUACAGCCCAAGUGUCUGCUGUGCCCCAAGCGGGGUGGUGCCCUCAAGCCCACCCGCAGUGGAACCAAGUGGGUCCACGUCAGCUGUGCCUUAUGGAUCCCAGAGGUGAGUAUAGGUUGUCCGGAGAAAAUGGAGCCCAUCACCAAGGUAUCCCACAUCCCCGCCAGUCGAUGGGCUCUGUCCUGCAGCCUGUGUCGAGAACACACCGGAACGUGCAUACAGUGUUCGAUGCCGUCUUGUAUUGUGGCCUUCCACGUGACGUGCGCCUUCGACCACGGUCUGGAAAUGAGGACCAUCCUGGCCGAGAACGACGAGGUCCGCUUCAAGUCCUUCUGUCUGGAGCACAAUGGCGGCGGAGUGGCCCGACCCGAGUGCACUCCCGAGCUCCCGGAGUCCAAACCGGUACCGUAUUCGGUCUCUGAGAGGGCGGAGCGGGACCAGUUGGAGCGGGACAAAGUGAGCCAGAGGAAGCAGAAGCUCCAGGAACUGGAGGACGAGUUCUACCGACUGGUGGACCCUGGCGAGGUGGCAGAAAACAUGACGCUACCUGUUACCCAGGUGGACUUCCUAUACCAGUUCUGGAAGCUGAAAAGGAAGGCCAACUUCAACCAACCUCUGGUGACUCUUAAACAAGACGAAGUAGACAACUUGGCCCAGCAGGAGCAGGACGUCCUGUACCGUCGACUCAAGCUUUUCACGCACCUCCGACAAGAUCUGGAGAGGGUUCGAAACCUUUGCUACAUGGUGACGCGGCGGGAGAAGAUGAAGCACAGCCUGUGUGACCUCCAGGAGAAGAUCUUCCAUCUGCAGAUACAGCUGCUGGAAGAGGACAUGGCUGGAGAGAAAGCCCAGAAGGGUGGAGUAAAGAGGAAGCAGAGUGCAGGGAAGGAGAGAAAGGAGCGAUGGAAUUCAGACAGUGACUCCCUGCUUAAAGAGCUAGGUCUGUCCAAGUCUUUCCCAUUGGACAACUCAUUGUUCGACAGUUGGCUAGCUCAGUCGGUGCAGAUCACUGCCGACGACAUGCUCAGCAAGUGGGCCCUGGCUUCACAGCACCAGGACAAGAGUGGCAGCCUGCUUUCCGACCAGCUUCUGCAGGGUGAGGAGAAUCUGCUUAAUUUGAUGAUGGAAAACUCCAUGGAGUCCACGUGGAAGACGCCCCAGCUGGGCCGCAAAUCCCGAGGCAGCUGUAAGCCCCGCGCCCGUGGGCACCUGGCCACCUCCGGCACCGUUCCGUCACCACGGGCGCUUGUGUCCGCCGGCUCGGUGUCCAAAAUCUCCACCGUGGAGGGUUCCUGGACGGGCAUGGGGUCAGAGGAGAAGCACGGGGCGGGGUCCCGAGGUUCCUCCGGGGUCUUCCACCUUCACCGCCACCACACCAGGAGUUCUGACCUACAGCCGCCUAUUUCCAAAAUGGACUCCUGCCACAUCUCGGAGGACGGCGGGCCAUGGGGCAGCAAGGGUGUCACGUCAAGAGCGAUGCCCUCCUCGCCAUCUCCGCGGCUACGCGGGUCGCGUCAUGUAAAAUCCAGAGGGCGGGGCGUCGGCAGGGCGAAGUCUGAGGCGAAGGACCGGCAUUUGCUCCGCGGCGACGGUUAUUUUUCCGACGGGGAACAGAGCGACUUGGACACGCGCCCGGGCGGCGCACGCAAACUCCGCCUAGCGCCACUACGUUCCGGAAACGAGGACCUGCUGAGACGAAGCGUCAUGGCCUCUUAAGGACCCCGAACGCACUGCGGACAUUUGCUCCGACAUGUGCCCUGAGCAUUCUUUGAAUGUAGCUUCUAGCCUCCUCGCGUCUCUUCGCCAAUUCAGAAAUAGGAAAACGGUGUCCGUUUUUUUUUUUUGUCAUCCGAUUUCCGCACGAUAAAAGACUUUAUCAUUGUAGUCUUUGGGGCAUUCUUCUAAAUAUCUUUACAGAGGCUGCUUUCAGGGUCCGUCGGAAAGCACAACUAAAGAGCGAAUACAUAAGUGUUAUUAGUAUUGGCCGCUUUGCAAAAAAGAAACACACUUGAUCGUUUCCGUGUAGAAGAGCAGUUGGAGUUUAAAAAUAACGUACGAAAACAUUCUUCCAUAUUUGAAAUUCAUUUUGUUUGCCUAGAAUAAACUCUGUGCCUUCCAUCGUGCACCACCUUCCCCUUAAAGCCCUAUUCCUCAGCGACCUCCCAAGCCAAACAAUCACCGACCAAUCAGCUGUCGCCCAAUCCAACUUAAAACAAUCAACGCGAAUGUGUCACCUUAAUAGUUUUUUAGAGUGCCUGAACGAAGGAUGUACAAACGUUUUACCGUUUUUCACCUCUGCCAUCUCAGAGGUGCGUUUAUGCUGUUAACAGCCUCCACAGGGCAGCAUUUAACGCGUCCGUUCCAGUUAACGCGGCGAAACUCCCACGUAAUGUCGACAAAGUUUGUCCGACAAUUUGUUCGUUUGACAAAAAAGAAGACUUUGCUCUUUUUGUACUGAAGGCCAUCUGUGGUUAUCUCAGGGGUUUUAAGAGAAAUGGUCAAGAUAAAUCGACUGAGGUUUUAUUUUUUUGGUUAGAAAUCAAGAGAUUCCGCUAGCAACUGCUAACGUAUCUAUAAAAAUUGUUCAAUAUGAAUAUAUAGUAAGACGGCGAUGCGUGUAUGUCAAGAAACUUUCACUUUUGGGCGACUACUGAGUGCUCAGCGUGGUCGCGCAAACCGUCACGCUGAGACCAAUCAACUGUGUGGGCCCAAAUUUAGCUUUUCGCUUCUGUCUCGUUUUGUCUCUCCGCUAAUCCGAUGCGAUGUUAUUGUCACGUUGCUGCUGAACUGAUAACGCAAAGCAGGUUUGGUGUAACAGGGUUUGAAAAUGCGACCAGGCGUCGGAUAACAGCGUAUUCCGCUCCAGACAGCCCCAUACGCACUCCGGACAUUCCCGAAUGCUCUCCCGACGCUCCCGUAUGCAUUUGCAACACUACUGGAUGUGCUCCUGACACUCCUCCAUGCGCUCCUUCCACAAGGAGGCUAUUGUUUCAUGAUUAUCGUUAUGACUGCUGGUGAAAAGAGCGAUGUCUCCGGACCUUUUUGGUGUUUUUUCCAAGCAGAUGGCGAACGUAACAUGUAUUAGCGAGGACGUCUUAUUCGUGUACACAAACAGCUUACAUACAAUAUAUACAGUGUGGCAACCAUGCCCUCUCCUUCAUAGUAUUCUAGCUUACUAGCAUAAUGUAGAAGGGGGAUACUUACCCCUUGUGUCGAGUACAUGCUAAGCUAAGUGUCGUGCGCUACUUUGAACUACUUUGACAUACGGAUCAUAUUCCGAUCUUUUUCAAAUCCUUCAUUUUAACGUAUUUUUCCUCAAGGGAUUCUGUUCAGCGACACUUGUAUUGACACAAAUCUUAGUCGAUGUGAAAACCUAUUCAGGUGCGCUGUAGCCUACUUUUUUGCAUCCAAUUAAAAGCCCGAAGGGAGAUUGAGGAAAAACAGCGGAGUAAUACAACCCCUAGCAAAAAGUAUGAAAUCACCAGUCUCAAACGAGCACUCACUCAGACAUUUUAUCAU